GUUUGGCAAAAAUCCAUCAUAAAACUUACUUGAAAAAAGAGUACUUUCCACAUGGCAUGUUGACUUGGAAUUGUAGUAGAAAACCUCAAAUGUCUGGUAGCAUCUCGAUAACUUCACACUUAGUUAUCGUUUGGACGUAUGUAUAAUAAUCAGCUGUUGGCUUUCCUCAAUUUCGGCCGCAAAAUACAUAUGUACAUAUCUACAUACCAUUGUCAUUUUUUGUACAAAUGUGCCGUGGUAAAAAUUUACCUGCGGUUUUGGUCUAGUUUCAAAUCUAUAGUUCGAUAGCCGGAAGGACAAAUGAAUUGAAAUUAGUUUGUUAAGUGAAAAUUAAUCCGAAAUGUUUCAAUUGAGUGAUAAAUUUGUUGAUAUAAUUAAUAUAAAUUACAUAUAAUUCGUUGAUGUACACGAAUGUGCUUUCACCGCAAUAGCUUCACAUACACGCAUGCAAUUUAUCCAAUUACGCUCGGGCACUGCUACAACUUUGAUCAUUUUCACUUGAUGAGCUCAUGUUCCAUUGUGGCAAAAAAAGAAUUAAAUAUAAAAUUAAUUUUAUAGCAAAGAAAACAUAAAAUAUGUGAAUGAAAAAAUAUGUUAUUCGGCUUAUGCUAUUUAGACUGUAACAUGAAUUAAUUUUCAUUUAAAUUCGCAAUGAAUAAAUUUUGUCUAGUAUACAAAUACGUGCACGAGUGCUAAAAAAUUACAAAACGAAAAAACAGUAUUUUGAGAAAAAUUGCAAAACCCCUUACAUUGGUGUGUUUUUUAAAUUGUUAGUAUCUAAUUCUGACAUAUAUUUACAUAUUAUUUCUGUGUUUAUAAAUAUUUCUGGAAAAUUUUGGAUUUCGUAUAGCAUUCUUUUGAGAACACGAAUAUGUGCAAACACAUGCACAUAGUCUUGUACAUAAUCACUUAUCUUUAGCGCAUAUAACUGGGAGACGCAGGCAUAAACAAACCUUGUCUACAUACGAACAAGUAAAAUCUAAGAAAUCAAUACUGGUUUAAUUUAUCGGAGAAAAUCAAUUUUCGCUAUUGGCUUUUGUAACUAUAAUGGUGGAUAAAGACGAAGACAAGAAUAUUGUAACGAACAAUAUAGCUCAAAAACAGGAACAGAAUAAGAUUGCGCAAAAAACUCAUAACUUAUCAUCAACAGCACCAACAACAACAACAUCUCCAUCUUUACAACACACCUCAAAUGCCGCGGCAAGUUCAGGAGCCAGCUGCAAUCAGAUUGCAACAAAUUCUACACACCUGGUAGGCAGUCAUAACCAUCCAAAAUUGAUACCCAUACAGAGUGUACUAAACACCACCGACUCACACCAUCAGAAUACUGCAGCAGCUACACAUCAAGCAAAAGGCCAUGAUAAUACAUCAACUUUUCCGCAAUUCAUUACCGGUAGUGCUAGUGGUGCCCAUACGCAACUGGCCACAGAGUUGCCGCACGAAGACGAGGAAAGGCUAGAGAAGCUAUUCAACACGCUUGAUCGGGACGGUAAUGGACGUAUAGAUAUUCAUGAUCUCUCUGAAGCAUUACGAGAGUUUGGUCUCUCAAGUGUUUAUGCCGAGAAAUUCUUGGAACAAUCCGAUAUUAAUCAAAGUGGCGAUGUUGGCCUGGCAGAAUUCGUGUUCUAUGUGCGUGAGCACGAAAAGAAUUUACGACUACAGUUUUCACAUCUGGAUAAAAAUAAAGAUGGCAAAGUGGAUUUGGAAGAGUUAAUAGACGCUUUUAAAGAUUUGGGCAUUGAAGUUGACCCAGAGGAAGCCACAAAUCUACUUUCACGAAUGGAUCAAGAUGGCAGUUUAAAUAUUAGCUUUAAUGAAUGGCGCGAUUUCCUAUUAUUGGCACCAUCCACUGAUAUUCACGAUUUGAUCAAAUUCUGGCGGCAUUCUACUUACCUUGACAUUGGUGAAGAUUUAAAUGUACCUGAUGAUUUCACGCAAAGUGAAAUGCAGACCGGCAUGUGGUGGCGCCAUCUGGCGGCUGGUGGUAUUGCAGGUGCAGUGUCACGUACAUGCACAGCUCCAUUAGAUAGGAUAAAAGUGUACUUGCAGGUUCAAACACAUAAAGCCGGAAUCUCUGAUAGUUUAAGAUAUAUGCUAAAUGAAGGAGGCCUCCGCAGCAUGUGGCGUGGCAACGGUAUAAAUGUGCUAAAAAUUGCCCCUGAAUCGGCGAUAAAAUUUGCCGCUUACGAGAAGAUCAAGCGUCUAAUACGCGGCGAUGAGAAACGUCAGAUGACGAUUGGUGAACGUUUUAUGGCUGGCGCAGCGGCCGGUGGCAUCUCGCAGACGGUCAUCUAUCCGAUGGAAGUAUUAAAGACACGCUUGGCCUUGCGUAAGACCGGUCAGUAUAAGGGUAUAUUGGAUGCAGCGAAAAAGAUCUAUUUAAUGGAGGGUGUACGUAGCUUUUAUCGUGGUUACAUUCCGAAUAUGUUGGGCAUUAUUCCUUAUGCCGGUAUUGAUCUGGCGGUAUAUGAAACUUUGAAGAAAAAGUAUUUAAGUAGUCAUAAUACGGAACAGCCAAGCUUUCUCGUGCUGUUGGCAUGCGGCAGUGCGUCCAGCACAUUGGGACAGGUGUGCUCGUAUCCAUUGGCGUUGGUGCGCACGCGACUGCAGGCGCAAGUGAUCACCAAGAGCAAGCAACCCAGCGUGGGUAUACCCUUGCGGCAGGCGGGCGCUAUCAAUGACGACAACAUGUUCGGUGUCUUUCGCAAGAUUCUACACAACGAGGGCAUCUGUGGCCUGUACCGCGGCAUAACACCGAACUUCAUUAAAGUACUUCCAGCCGUUUCGAUCAGUUAUGUGGUGUACGAGUAUUCCAGCCGUGCUUUGGGUGUGAAUAUGACGUGAUCCCUCUACGUUAAGCGCAAUGUUAAUAAAAAAAAACAAACCAGCAACAAAUGAAUGGUCUUGUUACACUAAAACAACAACAACAAUAAUAAAAACGGCGCUCAGCUGCAUACUUAUAUACAUAUAUAUUUCCAUAUAAACGAAUACAUAUGUAAAUAAUAAUGCGCUAGCCCUAAACAGUACUAUUGUUGUACUUUUACUCCCAGUCUCUGCCUAUAUAAUUAAAUGCUACCAACAAUUGUAUAAUUCACAUUUUACUUUUUUUGUUUUUUGUUUUCUGUUAGUAAUAUUGUAGUGAUAAUUUAGCAAAGAUGCUCCGCGUGAUACUAAUUGCUAAUUACAUACAUAAACAAAAACAAACAAAGAAGAAAAAAAAAACGAAAAACAAAACAAACGCUAACUGCAAAGUAAAGUAAAGUAAAAAAAAAAAAUGAAAGUAAAAGAAAACGGGGUUUUGAACGGUGAAUUCGAGAAUGAGAGUCGUUGACUUAAAUAUAUAAUUUAGUUUAUAUAAAUCUACUGUAUAAUAAUAAUAAAACAGCUGCUAGCUUAUAUAUAUGUAUAUACAUAUACAUAUGUAAUGCUAAAUAUUUAUUUCUAAUCUAUUUUUUACACGCAAACAAACAAACAAAUUGCAAACACACACACAUGCAAGUUAAAGGGGAGGAAGCAGGACGCAAGAAAUCGUAACGAAUGUUUAACUUAGAUUUUAAUUUAUUAUUAAUUUAGUUAAAUUAAAAUUGGCGCAUGUAAGUGAAAAUGUGUUUAGGUAUAUUUAUAUGUAUGCAGUAUGUAUGUUAUUGUAAAGAACACCUUUUUUAAAUAAACAAAACCGAAAAGAGCGCCUGCAUUUGCGGCACUCAGAUUUAGAUUUCCUUUUUUCAUUUUUACUGAUUGACAGUAGCGCGUGUGUUGACGGAAAGUGUGCUGGGCGUGAAAAUGAAAAUGUAGAAAUGUGGCAACCCGUUUAGCUAAACACAAUUUGAAUUUUUAACUUGCUCUUUACAUUAUAAAAAAAGUAGUAACUUUAAAAAUAAAUCACAUAAUUGCUGUUAAGCGUGAAAAUUGCAAACAAAAUAUGUACAUAUAUACAAACAAGCCUAAUAACUAAUACAUUGCGUCAUUAAAUGACCAUACAGCUGGCAGCACUUACCAUUUGUGUUUUGAUUCAAUGUAUGAUGAAAGCGAAAAUCUUAAAAAUAAAAAGGAAUUUAAUAAAAUUUAACUUAUUUAGCAUUACUAUCAAAUUAAAAACAUAUAUACAUAUAUAUAAUAUAAAUUUAAAAUUAAAAAAUCUAAACUAUAUACAUGCGUAUUUUUUGAGGCUGCAAUUACGAAGCAACAUCGCAAUAAGUCUAACUUCUUAACAUAAAGAACUGAAAAGCUGUCGUUAAGUUUAAGUAACAAAUCACAAUUCAAUCAAAAAUAAUACAAAAACAAAAACACUAAAAAAAACAACUAAAGCAAAACUUACAUACAUACAUGCAAACAUACAUACAUACAUACAUACACAAAUAGUUAUAAUAGCAAAGAAAUGACGAGAUUAUUGUAGCAUAUUUUUUAUGAUAUAAACAAAAUGAAUAAAAGUAAUGUAGAUGAUUUCACAAAUCGGUAAAUUGUAUAAUGUAGUUAAAUGAUGAAUUACAAAUUAAAUGUGUCUAAACAUAUUUUUUUAUAUAUGCUAGCCUUUCGAUUAUGCCAAACUGCAUUUGUAUUUAUUGAUUUCAUACAUAUACUGUAUACAUACUUACAUAUAUAGUGUGCAUAUACAUUACAUAAAUACAAAACAUUUCAAAAAACAUCUGACGUGCAAAUUGUAUGCAAUAAUACAUUCAACUAAAUGAGUAACGAAUAUAAUAUCAUUGAAGAAAAUAAUAUCACGGAAAAAGACCAUUAGCGUAAUAUUAAGCAGGACUCUAUAUAUUGAUAUAAUAUAAAUCUCUCCAUUUUCUGUCUCUCUUUCUCUCUCUGGUUGACUUAUUUGUUUGUGAUUUAUGCAGGACUCAACUUACAGAUACAAAAAUAAAAGUUUAAUUGUUUAAAAAUAAA